UUUACUGCUCUCUGUUCUCCAAUAUCAAACUGUUCAGAUCCAGCAAGAAGCUCAAGCAACCCUCCAGCCCAUUGUACUGCGCCACCGCACAGUCAGCACCAUUUACUUCCACAAGGAGCGGUGACUGAAUACUCCUAGUAUUGGGAUCCAACAGAAACUUUCUCAAACUUUUCCUAUUAUUAUAAUUUUUUUUUUCCACAGUUUGAAAGGACUGAGUAGGAUUUGGGAAAUAAUGUCACCAAUGGGUGGCGUUUGGCCCUGGCUACUGCUGUGGGUCACACCUGGGCUUUUCUCCCAAGAACCUCAACCGAGCGAAUAUGACUAUGUAGGCUUCCAGCCCGAAAUGGUUCGGCACUACCAAAGUGGAAGGUUUUAUUCCCGAACGCCACAGUGCGUUGACAUUCCUCAGGAUUUAGGGCUGUGCCAUGGAGUGGGGUACAAUAAGAUGGUACUGCCCAACCUACUGGACCAUGAGACCAUGGUCGAGGUGAAGUACCAAGCAAGCAGUUGGGUGCCUCUGCUGAGUAAGAACUGCCAUCCGGGUACACAGAUCUUCCUGUGCUCCCUCUUUGCCCCUGUGUGCCUGGAGCAGCCCCUCUACCCGUGCCGCUGGUUAUGUGAAGAGGUCCGAGAUGCUUGUGAGCCGGUAAUGCAGUACUUUGGCUUCCCCUGGCCAGAUAUGCUUCGGUGUGAUCAGUACCCUCGGGAGGACGUGUGCAUUGCUUCACCAAAUGCCACCCAAGCCCCACAUCCACGGAAGACAGAGGUGUGUCCGCAGUGUGACAGCGAGAUUAAAGCCGACGCUCUCUAUGAACACAUGUGUGCCAGUGAAUUUGCUUUGAAAGUUUCCAUCCGGGAGGUCAAGAAAGACAGUGGAGAUCGCAAGCUGAUCCUACGUAAGAAGAAAGCACUGAAGAAAGGUCCUAUCCAGAGGAAGGACUGGGGAGAUCUUGUCCUAUUCUUGAAGAAUGGAGCCAAUUGUCCAUGUCCUCAGCUGGAGCAGUUGAGUGGUCAGUUCUUGGUCCUUGGUCGGAAGGUGAAGAACCAGCACAUUCUCACUGCUAUCCACAAGUGGGACAAAGGGAACAGAGAGUUCAACCGAUUCAUGCGCAAAGUGAAAAAGAGCAAGUGUCCAAAACCUCACUCUGUGUUCAUGUGAGGUUAUACGUCCCCUUUAGAGACACAACAUGUUAUGGCCUCUAUUGAGUAGGCUGGGACUCUGCAGCAGAUCAGAGUAAAGAGAUGGCGUUGAGGAGGGAAGAAUAAUAUUACCCACUCUCUAAAUCCUACAGACUCUGGGGAGGGGGCAUUCAAUGAUAGACUAUGGGACUGCACAAAAGUUGAAACCAUGGUAAUAGUUCUCCAUGUUGUUCAUCUGAAGGAACAUGAAUUAGGAAUUUCUAACUUAGCCACAAAUCACUGCAGUUAUUUACAUUUCCUAGUCCAAUGGUCCUACUCCAUGGAGCCUUGUCAAACAUUUUAUUCACUUUUUUUUGCCAUAAUGGCACAGCUUUCAUUCAUUUCUUCUGUGAUAAGGUUUCUCUUUUUUUCUCUAUUAAAGAUUUGAUCUUUAGUUACUAAAUAACUCUAAGAUCUAGGGAUUCAUGUACUUAAAUAUUAGCGUUGUUAUUCCAUUUCCACUCCAUAUAGAACGUACACACAUCCACUUUGAUUGUAUUUUAAUCCUUGUUGUUAUCAUUGCACACAAAGGGGGAGAUUUAUCAAAGCCUGUGCAGAGGUAAAGUUGUCCAGUUGCCCAUAGCAACCAAUCAAAUCGCUUCUUCCAUUUUUCACAGGCCUACCUAAAAAUGAAAGAAGCCAUCUGAUUGGUUGCUAUGGGCAACUGGGCAAGUUUUACUCUGCACAGGUUUUGAUAAAUCUCCCCCAAAGAGCGUAUAGGUUAGUGAAUCAUUCUAUAAGACAUAGGGGGAGAUUUAUCAAAACAAAAGUUGCCCAGUUGCCCAUAGCAACCAAUCAGAUCGCUUCUUCCAUUUUUAACAAGGCCUCUGCAAAACGAAAGAAGCGAUCUGAUUGGUUGCUAUGGGCAACUGGGCAAUGUUUCCUCUGGACAGGUUUUGAUAAAUCUCCCCCAUAGACCCUAGUAGGAAUGUUAUUAGCCCCAAAGUCACCUUUAGAUGGGGCUGUCUCCUUUUGGAUCAUUGGGGACCAUUUUUGUGUCAUUUUGUGGACAAUUUGUCUUUCUAUUAUAGUAUAUUCACAUGCACCGUAUAUGAUGUGGAUUUGAUGCUGUUAAAUCAAUAUACAUGACUUGUUCAACACAGCAUAUAUACCCUAAGGGGGAGAUUUAUUAAAACCUGUGCAGAAGAAAAGUUGCCCAGUUGCCAAUAGGAACCAAUCAGAUCGCUUCUUCCAUUUUUAACAAGGCCUCUGCAAAAUGAAAGCAGCGAUCUGAUUGGUUGCUAUGGGCAACUCAGCAACUUUUCCUUUGUACAGAUUUUGAUAAAUGUCCCCCUAACUGUAUUCACAAGUCACAAAACUUAAUUUACAUUGAUUUAACUUCCAUUAAUCAUUUAUAGUAACCCAAAUUCUGACUGAAAAGCUCAAGGGGUAAUUCAGAAAUUCAGAAAAAUAAUUCCAGUCGGGCCAAAAAGUUCUUAGGGUUACAUCUUUCCAUUGAUGCUCAUUAAAUUCUCUUGGUUGAUUGACGCAUACAGACGAUUAUUCUAUUACUGUAGAUAAUUCACAAAACCAAAUUCGAUGUAUUUAAUUAAGAAUUGUAUUAAUAAAUUCUAUGGAAUGUAAUACCCGAUAUAGACCUUGGACAACAGUGGGUAUGUUUUAUGGGAGAAAGCAGACAUGUUUUUCUAAUCUCAUAUUUAAUGCAUUUAUUCUCAGCUACUGCGCCGACCACCAUAGAUUUGAACUCUGCAAAAAUUAUUUUUGCCCACAUAGGCAUAUAUAUAUAUAUAUGGUGCCGGGGGAGUAAACGUGACUGGGGUUUUACAGUGGUAGUGUAGGGUCUGGUGGUAUUAACCCUUGAAUGUCGUGACGCCAGGGUGAGGUUUCCUCAAUGGUAAUGUUCCUACCGCCAACCUUCCCACAAACGGCAGGGAAAAAUAACGGAAUGUCCACAGCAGAUUUCAGGAAUAUACUGAAGAAACUUUACUUGCGGAAUUUAUGAAACAGUCUUUAGCCUAACAGUCUUUUCAAGAGUGAACCGGGAUACAGGUUCCUCACAGGUUUGCUGGGACUGGGAAGCAAUGAGCUUUUAUGCAGGUCACUGUGCUACUAUUUUAGAAGAUUUGAGCUGGUAGUAGUCACACAGGAUUUGAUAGAUGGAGCUUUGAGUAACUCAUGUUUAGUGGCUGCAGGUUCUUAGGCUUUGGCCUAGAUUAAUUGAAUUGAUGCUGAUGAGAUGCUUGUGCUUCUGUAGUGCAGGAACUAGAGACCAAGAGAGCGAAUUUAGCGGCUACAGCCCUUUAUAUAAUAAGGGGCUGGACUAAGCUCAUUGGUCAGCAAACCUGUAAGUUAUGAACCCAGUGAACUCUGGGUACAUCACAUGACCUCUAAGGUCCUUUUACAUUUUAUACAUCACAACCGUACAUCAUGUGACCACUAAGGUCCUGUACCUAUAUUUUCUAUACAUUAAAUAAGUAUAAACACACUUUACA